GGACCAUCUCAAGGGCUGACUUACUCUUAACCUGCAUCAAAACAUCUGAAAUGGCGGCGAAGCCACUCGUCCUCGUUUUCUCUUUUUCAGACUUCCAAAUGAGCGAAAUGGAUGCGCAUCUCUUGCUACAUCUGAGAGCUAAAAGCGAAGUCGAAGUUGUCACGUCUCGGGUUACCGCUCUGCGGUGGCUGUCGGGGACUUCACGCCCUCAGGCCAUCCUCCUUGCCGAUGAAGUCGUCACCGAGCGAAAACAGGAAGCACUACUACGGAAGCUUGUAGAGUACGCGAGGUUGGGGGGUACGAUUGUCUUUGGCUGCAGGUUCUCGACGUUCGUCAAGCCCAAGAACAUGGAGGCACUGUUUCAAAGGACACUGGGAUUGCCAUGGGCUAGGGGCAAUUAUCACCGGUCUACGUUCUCUCUCAACAGAAGAGUUGAGAACAUUAGUCUCGAGAACCUUUCUCCGUCAUACAGCAUGAAAGCUUCGCACCUUCGAAACGUCGCGCCCACGGCAGCUGUGUAUGUGCCCACCGACAAAUCUAGGAUCGAAUCACACGUGUUUGCCCCUGCUCCCGUCGGAAAUCUCGACGAGACCCCUGCCGCAUUCACCAAGCUUGGCCUCGGCUACGUCGGCUAUGUGGGAGACGUCAACUCCGAAGAAGAGACAACACAUCUACUCGUCAAUAUGUUGCUCGCAUCUGCGCGGGGGCGGGAGGCGACGUCGACCGCCCAACCGAGUGUGCAACGAUCCUCGGUCUUGAUUCUUUCGCUACACAAGGACGCUGCCUUCGAUGCGCACAACGCUGAUGUGUAUGCUGUUUUGCGUAGUAGGGCUGAAGUCGUAGAAGUUUCCACGAAAUCUCAUGCCCUGCGAUGUCUUACGACGACACCACUCCCAUCCACAGUACUGGUCACGGACGCUGGUCUCUGGGACGAAGAGAACAGCUCCCUGUUGUCAAGACUCGUUGCGUAUAGUCAACGACGCGAAAGCACUGUUGUCUUUGCGUGCCAGUUCAGUAGCUUUGUGCGCUGGCCAGACCUUGACGCUCUCUUCGUGCGACUGGAGCUCUCCUGGCGCUCGGGCUCUCACACGAAGAUGGAUGUGACAAUCACGAGGGCUGUCGACGAUCUCGACUUCGAUUCACUCACGGAGACCUAUAAGUACCCGAAAGCCUUGUUCCUUCAACAUGUCCCAUGGGAGGAGUCCGUCUACGUCCCUACUCUGCAAUACCGCAGUCAGGAGACAAUGGCAGCGCUGGGUCAGACGCUGCACGGAGGCCAUAUCGGAUACGUUGGAGACGUCAACCCAUCGGAGCAUACAACGAAGCUCGUCCUCGCGCUCUGCUUCCCAAAACCAGCGCCAGCGCCAGCGAACGAGGCAAGCCCGGAAUCUCUUCCGGCAGCCGCUUCGCAGACGCCUGCCCCUCAGUCGGAAUACCGCGAGCAGGCUAGCGAACAAGCUGCGAAGCCCCAGAUUCUGCUCGUCUCCUUCGACAAGUUAUAUUUCUUCGACGGCAUCGAACAGCAGCUACUUUCGGCCCUCAAACAGAAUGCAGCAGUUGAGGAGGCACUCGACGCCAAGGCUGCCUUGAAGCGCUUAGCAGCAAAACCGAGCCCGGCUGCGGUCGUCUUCACUCACCCCGCCGUCAUUCGCGACGACAAGGUCAUUCACCGCGUCAUUGAGUAUGCUCGUGGAGGUGGUAGGGUGAUCGUCGGCUCUCAAUUUUCCAACAACCUCCCGCUCGACCAGUUGAAACCGUUCUUCCAGAAAUGGGAGGUCCCCUGGGCUGCUGGCGCAUAUCACCGCACGACAGUCGCUCUGAACCUGGACGGUGUACCUCCUCCGUUGCGCUCGAGCAAACUGUUCCCUGCAUACAGCCAGAAGGCCGUUCAUCUGAAGCACGUGAAGAAGGAACACAAGGUUUACGUGCCAACGGCGGCGUCAUGCGUAGAGAACCAGUUUGGCCAGCCCGGCGAGGCGUUGACUGGGUCCCUUCUGGACGAGUGUUCCGUAGCCUGGGCUCCUAUCGGCAAAGGCUAUCUAGGGUACAUCGGCGACAUCAACUCGGAAGAGGAGAGCACCAGACUGGUUCUCGAGAUGUGUGGCAUCACGGUCAAGCCUGGGGAUCUUGGCUCCCGGAAGUGCGAUGUGGGCAUGUACAUCGAGGGCGACGAUGUCAAGCCCAUCACAGAGACAUACGCCGAGCGACUACUUCUGCUGCGUCAGGAGCUGUCGCAGCCUCGGCCUCGAGAGAAGGAAGUAGCCUUCCGAUCGGUGAAGCGUGCCAACAUGUCGCGGCGCAAACGUUUGACGGCCGAGGUGCUGAAGGAAGAGGGUAACAAAUUGUUCAAGGAGGGCAAAGCAGCACAGGCGGCGAGCAAGUAUCGUCAGGCUGCUGUCGUCUACGGUCCCAAACCGGUCUACAUGAGUAACCUCGCCGCAGCUCUACUCAAGAUGGAACGCUACGUAGCAGCUGAGGAUGCUGCAAGCCGCGCGCUCUUCUACGAGCCGAAGAACAUCAAAGCGCGAUACCGCCGAGGGAUGGCAAACAAGGAGUUGCGCAUGUAUGCUUAUGCCAUAGAAGACUUCCGCAGCGUUCUGAGACAGGAUCCGUCGUCGGCGCUUGCGCGGACCGCUCUAGUGGACACGAUCCGUUUGAAUAAUGAGCGAACACCACCUGAGGGACCACCGGAGGAGGCAGAAGGGAAUGAGCCUCUGUGGGAGAUAAUGACCGAGUCGGAUAGCAGCGAAUAUGGGCAUGAGGGGAACGGUACGCCCUGUCGUUAUCUGAACCACGACGGAUGCAGGCAUGGCUCGCAGUGCAAGUGGAUGCACGCGCCCGACGACCAGAGCGUUCGUGACGAGCUAGGCCGUAACGUCUGUAUCUUGUGGCUGCUCGGGAAGUGCACUUAUACGCAGUGCUAUUACGCGCACGACAAGACGUACCUUCCCCAGGGCGGCUGGUGGAACAAGCCCGACAAAGUCAAGCACUUAUCACGCGGAGCCAGCAUCCCCAUCACAGGCCGGAAGAAGAGAGACAGAAACAUGUUCUUGGUGUCGAUUGCGUACUUACAGGACUGGCGCACUGACGAGUGGAUGUCUGGGCGCUUCAGCGAAUUGGACGACGAUUCGAUCGACAUCGGGCAGCGGUCAGGCGUAACGGUCAACACGACCCAGCGCGAUGGUCGGGUCCAGUGCAGCUACACCAUGCCCACAGGCGACAUUGGAGGCAGAGGCAGACACGAUGAGUACGAUGAAGAUGACGACGAGGAUGACGAUGAAGAUGAUGACGGAGACGACGACGAUGCUGCGUGGGAAGAGGAGGAAGAGAGGAUCAAUAAUUUCGGCUUCACCAAGAGCGAGGUGAAUGAUUUGCUCUGCCAAGGUGUGAAGCCUUGGGAUGAAGACGCUUGGGUGCGUGGUCUGUAUACAUGUACAGGUUAUGGUUGCUCAUGACAUGCUACGGUCUGUCAGGACGUGCUGGAUGCUCUGCGUGGCAUGUAAUGGCUCGUAUAUGUCUCUUAUCAGUGUCCACUCGUGAGAUUCGUGAAUCGUUGUGUCGUGCCAGUCCUGCUUAGUUGUAGUGUUACUUUUUUGAAUUGAAUUGAUGAUAGCGGCGUAGCGUACUU